AAGAGGACAAACUUUUCAACAUUACUAACAACAUAUAGAAAGAAACGUUUUGUUCUUCAUACCUUUUGCCAGCGCCAGUGAUUAAGGCAGAUAUUAUCCACUCUCACCAUGACGGUAUCGAUCAUUUCUACCUUAUUUCUUCUUAUGACAAUCCUGGUGGUUGACGUUUCCUCCGGGUGUGUGUCCUGUGGUUUGGAAAAGGAUGUAGAAGAAAAGCUGAUGGUGGAAUUCGCGAAGCAGCAACUUUUAGACAAACUGCACCUGAAAGAGAGACCAAACAUCACUCAAACCGUGCCUCGUGCGGCGCUUCUCACUGCGCUGCGCAAACUGCACUCAGGACGCGUCAGACAGGAUGGUACACUGGAGCUGGACAACAGUUUACCACUCAAAGACCAAGGCUAUGAAGUAGUCAGCUUUGCAGAUAUAAAUAGCACCCGGAGUACUGAGGAUGAAAGCCUACAGCUUGCCUUCCAGUUCCUCCAGGAGCAGGGCCACAGUGUCCAGGUGCUGCAGGCCUCUCUGUGGAUCUACGUGCGCUCCUCUGAGGACCCUUACAGAGAUUCCCGCCUGCCUGCUAGGGUCUUCCUAUCUGCAAAUCAGGGCCAGCAGAGCUCUAACAGCAGCCUGGUAAUAGAGCAGAUGCUUGAAGUUAAAGAAAGUAAUUGGCACACUUUCUCCAUCACCCGUACACUACAGACUUUUCUGGAUGGUGGCCAGCACAGGCUUCGCUUUGAGGUUAGCUGUGAGGAAAAUGGCAAGAACCUCUGCUCCCUGGACAGGACAGGGGACACCCCCUUCCAGCCCUUCCUGGUGGCUCAGGUGCGCUUGCGUGAUGACCACUCCAAACGCUCACUCAGGAAGCGUUCUCUGCGCUGUGGGAAUGACGUCACCGUGUGCUGCAAAAGAGAUUUCUACAUCAAGUUCAAAGACAUACAGUGGCAUGACUGGAUCAUUGCACCUGAGGGUUACCACAUGAACUACUGCAUGGGCCAGUGUCCUCAGCACUUGUCUGGUUCUCCCGGAAUUGCCUCUUCUUUUCAUGCCACAGUCUUCAGCCAGCUCAAAGUCAACGGCAUCCACACGGCCAUCUCCUCAUGCUGCAUCCCUACCGAGCGCCGCCCACUUUCCAUGGUGUACUUCAAUUCUCAGCAUAGCAUUGUCAAAACGGACGUGCCAGACAUGAUUGUGGAGUCCUGUGGAUGUACAUAGACUCAUGGCAGUGUCAUUACUUUAGGGUACUAUAGCACAGUCACUUGUGCAUACACCUGCAGCCAAAUAGCAGCUUACAUUCAUGUCAACAACUACAAGUCCAGUGAUUUCAGCCACAAACUAUUUUCACACUGCAUUCACCUUACUUUUCAGUAGGUGAAUUUUCCUUACUCUAUUUACUAAUGCUGCUUUGACAAUCUCUUUACAUAUCCAGUAAACUCUUCUAGGUACAAACAAGUUUGUAAUGUGUUUGCUGAGAUGUCCUCAAAAGUUUUAGACACAUUUUGAUAUUAAACAAUGAUAAUUUACUCUUAACAGUUGCUAAUGAAAGGCUUUGGAUUGCUUAUUUUUAUACAGCCACUUUAUGUUGUUGUUGUUUUUUUUGUUUUUUGUUUUUUUUGUUUUUUUUUUCCAAAAUAUGUUUCAGAUUGUUUGUAACAUUUUACAACAGUUAGAAAGUUUUACUAUUUUUCUUUUUUAAUUGCUGGGUCCUCACCCACCAUUCAGGAACCACUUCCCAUGAAGGUUUCAAGGGAAUGUGCCUUUCAAGUGCAUAUUUAGACCAAAGAGAUGUGUUCACUUCUGUGAUACUUCAUAGCAGUACAUUUCCUAGUGCCUGUCCUUUUCUAUUGGAUAAAAGCAUUUGUUGUAUUCCAGCUGGUUAAUUCUGGCUGGGAAGCCCAUGCUAACAUCAGCAGUAUUUGCACAGGUAAUCAGUUGGGUAAUAGUUCUGACACCAUAUGAACCCAGGGCAACUUCCCUGAUUCACAGGCAAACACUGAGCAGCCAUGCACCACAGCACGUGGCCAAUUCUGUCGUCACUCUGCUGUCUUUAUAUAAUGAGAUAUUCAAAUCUAUUCAAAACAGUGAGGCACUCUUAACAAUUUCAAAACUACAACAUGACAUACAAUUUAGUAUAGUAAGCAAUGUAAGAGAUUGAGAAAAUGCAGAAAGCACUUUAUCUUCCUAAUAUAUAUAUAAUGUUAAAACCUAAACUCAGGGGGCUGCUGCCUAAGCAUGUACAUAAUAAACAGAAUGUUCUCUGUAAAUGUUGUGUCAUUGUUCAUGUGAACAUGAAGUGUAUGUUUAUUUUUAUAUAAUGCUAUAUUUUGAGUAUAAUGUGUAUAUGCGAAUGUUUUAAACUGAAAAAAAUGUAUUUUGAUAAAUAAAUACUUGUCAAUCAGCACU